AUAUCGAGUAUCUAAACUUAAAAGGUGUCUCGCAUCAGAUCCACAUCCAUUAUCGUGUUCAGUACGGCGCGAAGACGGUAUUUGGAAGAAGGGGUCAGACUCGCCUAAGCACAGCCCCCCUCAAACGUAGCACCUAGGCUGCGCCACGCUGUCAGGCAGAUUCGCGGGUCAAGCGCAUUCAACCUUGCCAGGCUUGGGAUUUCUAAAGACAGAAACAAUUUACGCGCCAUGGAUCAACAAGCUGUCCAACCUGCAGGGUCGGCUCGUGGCCGCUCACCUUCCGCCGGAAAUCACCAGCCUCAUAUAAGAAAUAGUCAUUCUCCUUCGCCUCAUCCAUAUCAAUCCCCGGAGCCAUCGAUCGGCCUCGGCAUUGCUAUCGACCCCUCCUCAGCAAGCCCCCAGUUCAACAGCUCCGACUUCAAUAGUUACGAUACCAAUGCCGGUAAUCAAUUCAUGAAUACAUCACAGCAGUCUUUUCCGGACCCGGCAUCUUUCGACCUUAAUCCAGACUACUCCCAAUCCUUGGCGUCGCAAUCUCAACCCGCGUAUUCGCAAAACCUCCUAGCUAGCGAUUUUAGCAACAGCGACUUCUCCCUGUUCCCUUCUACCCAAGAUAAUCAGUUCAAUACGAGUCCUCUAUUUGGCGACCUUUCCCAAACUCAUGCGCAAUCCCUCGAUCCAAGCGAUCUGACCAAUAUGACGUCUCCACAAACGCAUCACUCUCCUACUCCGCCCCACCUUCUGAAGCCGGAACCUGGUUCGGCGCACCAAUCUCCCGCCUUCAACCAACAUCAGUUCUCGUCUCCAGGUCACUCAAGACAUGCGUCGCUAGGUCCCGAAGCGGCUCUUAUGCCAGGGCAACUGGAUUGGAACCAGCCCCAGUUCCAAGGACAUCGAAGGACGCCGUCAGAAUAUUCAGAUGCAUCUUCGGCUGCGCCAUCUCCACAUCUGACAGGUAACGACAGCUUCGAGCACCCAGAGCACGGCCACUCACCCAUGCAAAGACCUCAAGACGGCUUCUAUGACCCCGUCAUGGGGUUGGGUAACUUUAGUAUAACAGCCUCCAACCAGAACAGUCGAAGCCCUUCUCAUAGCCCAGCUAUCUCCCCUCGAAUACUCCCUCAACAGAUGACCGAUGCCAGCCAUACAGGCUUGAUGUUGAACGCUGCAUACCCGAAUCCUCCAACAAUGGGUUAUCCCGUCCAGGGUUCAGAGGAGUUCCCUUCUCUGUCUUCAGAUGGGGUCAUAGAUCCCUCCAUAACUCAGUCCAUGGCUCCGCCGUCAAUUAACAUCGACUUUGCUCCUAAUUCGAGGCAGAACAGUUUUGAACCUCCGAAGCCGCCCAUGGAUGCUCAGUCCUUGACACCACCCGACAGAGGCCGACCGCGAUCACGCCCACGUGCAGUUACGGAUCCUUACAAUAGUGGAGGAGCAGUGCUCUCGCGACCCAACACCCCCGGCCUGUCGCCGCACCUCGGUGCCGACUUGGCUAAUCGUAACCGCUCCGGUUCCGAGUCAUCGGCUCGAUCACUUUCACCCGGUGAUAGAUCUGGUAGUGCCAAUGCUGUAUCCAGGAGACGCCAAUCUAUGUCGGCUGUCCCUAAUAAUGUGAUCGCACUCCGCCUUGCAGACCCUGAAUACCAAGCUGCCCAGGACAACGGAAGCACGAAGCGAGUGCAGAAACAUCCCGCCACCUUCCAAUGUACACUUUGUCCGAAGCGAUUUACUCGGGCGUAUAACCUCCGCUCCCAUCUACGUACACAUACCGAUGAGAGACCGUUCGUAUGUACGGUCUGUGGAAAGGCUUUCGCUCGACAACAUGACCGUAAACGUCACGAAGGCCUUCAUUCUGGCGAAAAGAAGUUCGUUUGUAAAGGAGACCUGAAGGCCGGAGGUCAAUGGGGAUGUGGCAGACGGUUUGCCAGAGCAGAUGCGCUCGGCCGUCAUUUCCGAUCCGAGGCGGGCCGUAUAUGUAUAAAGCCUUUAUUAGAUGAGGAAAUGAUGGAGAGACAACGCGUUUGGCAAGAACAGCGAAUGCAAAGCAUGGCGCAGAACAUGGCUCAGCCGCAAGUUAUGGACCCUAACGUUUAUCCUGGAAUGGAGACAGGUUAUGGUUUACCUGCAGCUUUAUUAGCACAGUACCCGGCACUGGCACAAAUGAAUUGGGCUCCGAGCGAAAUGGGUAAUGUGGACGAAGAACUUAGCGGUCGCUCGAGUUUUGAUGCGUCGGACUACGAUGACGGCGAUGAUACGGGCUACGUCAGCGGUCCGGGAACUGGGUUCGGCGAAGGUGGCUUACAGCAGAAUUUUGGCGAAUCAAUCGGUUAUGCUAGCGACUACGGCGGUCGGUAGAAAACUAAAACGAUUCACCUUGUCGGCAUGAUUACACGAGUAUUUU